AUGACCAGCAAAGGGCAGCCGGGACUCUGGCUUGGGCUGGCUGGGCUGAUUCUGGGGGUGUUGGGCUUGGGGCAGGCGGUCUUGGGGGAGAGUGGGGGAACGGGAACGAUUGGGUUGAUCCCGAACAACACCAACGCAUGCUUUGGCGAAUAUGCGCUCUGUCCCUCGGGCGAGUGCACCCUGACCGACUGUGGCGUUUGCCGCACUGGAGAAUACGUCUGCCCGCUCCGCGAUUCCGAUAACAAGACCGUUUGCGUGCGAUCGGCUGACGACUAUGUGCGCUGCCCGGGACUCACCGGCACGCACCUUGAUUGGAAUCUCACCACUGAGCAACGCAUUGACUACCUCGUGGCCCAUACUACUCUGGAGGAGCAGGCGGCACAGCUGGUGAACACAGCGCCGGGCCUUCCCCUGCUCGGCGUGCCCCCUUACCAAUGGCUGAACGAUGACGAACACGGCGUGCGCCAAGAGCAUGCAACCAUCUUUCCCGAUGGUCCGGGCCUGGGAGCUUCAUGGGAUCGUGACCUGGCCUGGCGCUUGUCACCGUUGAUUGCCUGCCCACACCUGAUCGAGCAGCUCGAGGAGGGCACAACGGGUCAGUCCCACCCAUCGACAACCAAUACCUUGCUCUUUCAAGCAACCUUGAUUGAUGUGUUUGUAAUUGUCACUCGCUCAUGCCCCCUUAGCUACACGCACAGUGGAAACCGUGGUGCAUCGGCCAAUGGCUACGGCAUCACCCUCUAUGCCCCAAACCUAAAUCUAGUGCGUGACCCCCGUUGGGGUCGGGCUCAAGAGGUUUAUAGUACCAAAUCGAAGAAGCCCCACUCCCUCUGCCCCCACUUGAGGAACCUCUUCCCACCCUCAUCUUUGGAAGUGACACACAGUGAGGAUCCGCGCCUGACGUCGGUGUUGACGGUUGGCUUUGUCACCGGUGCACAAGGCAUGUAUGCCAACGGGACCCUGAUGCACGAGCGUUACAUGCUCACGGGUGCCUGUUGCAAGCAUUAUGUUGCCUACGAUCUUGAGAACCAUCCACAAGAACGAAAUGUCUUUGACGCGGCGGUGAAUACUCGUGAUUUCUGGGAGCAUUACAUGCCAGCCUUUGACGCCUGUAUCAACGAAGCUAAGGCCAUGCACGUCAUGUGCUCCUACAACGCAUUGAACGGCUAUCCCACGUGCGGUGAUCCGGGCCUCCUCAACGGCAUCCUACGCUCCCGUUGGAAUUGGACAGGUUUUGUGGUUAGCGAUUACGAUGCCUGGAACAAUCUCUAUGAAACGCAUCACUUUGUGGACAGCCGAUUGGCGGCAGCGGCAGAGGGCAUCAAUGCUGGUCUGGAUCAAGAAGGUGGUGGCACAGAGGUAGCCGCCCUGCUUCCUGAGGCCGUGGCGGAGGGCCUGACAUCGCCAGCCACUGUUGCAGCCUCUUUCCGGCGCCUUUUCCGCGCGCGCAUCAACCUGGGCAUGUUGGACCCCCCACAUUUGAAUCCUUACAACAGCAUUCCAUUUUCCGAGGUGGGAUCCCCGGCUAAUCUAGCGCUGAACCGAGAGGCGGCUCGUAAAAGCAUCUGCAUGUACAAGAACCAGAAUGAUCUUCUGCCACUCCAGGCAAAGGACUACACGGGCGAUGGCUCACUUCUCUUGGUGGAUAUUGGAGCGGGCUCUGGACUCAACAUCUUGGGCAACUAUGCACAACCCCCGGAUCAUGGAAGUGUGAGCCUGGCUGAGGGAGUGCGCACUGUUCUGGCACCUCAGGCCCAGCGCCUGGGCAACUGCACAACUUUUACAACGGGUGGCUUUGUCAACGACGAAUUGCCGGGCUGGGGUGCCUCCUCGCCGGCCGAUUGCUGUCGUCUUUGCUUUACCACCGAAGCGUGUGCCUUCUUUAGUUACGAAGAUAAACCCAGUAGCAUGCUCGCCGGGACCUGUCACCUGUAUGGAUCUGCAGCAAUGCCGGCCCCUGACCAGAACCGCACCAUUGGGCAAUGUGGGCCGGCCCCAGUAUCACCCGUGGCUACCGCGCGCGGUUGCAACAACAUUGGCUGUGACAGCACAGCCUUUUUUUCCGAUGCUGUGACACAAGCCCAACAACGCCUUGUAUGCGUGCUCGUGCGCGGGGGCGGAAUGGAUCUCACUCAGAUCAUGUCCGAGUGCGAUGCGGUGCUUGAUUUAUGGUAUCCUGGUGACCAGGGUGGGUUGGGUUUUGCUGAUGUUCUUUUUGGUGCAACAAGCCCGUCUGGCAAGUCACCGCAAACCCAGUAUUCGUCUUCGGAUGAGCUGCCCGUGUUUGGUGACAUGGGGCUGCGCAGCAAAUCGGGCGUCACUUACCGCUACUACGAGGGUACCAAGGUUACCGUGCCAUUUGGUUUUGGACUGUCGUACACCACGUUCAACUACACAGCAUUAACACUCAACGCAACCACAAUUGGUCCUUGCGAUCGCCUGAGCGUCUCCGUUACCGUGACAAACACGGGUGCUAUGGCCGGGGAUGAGAUUGUGCAACUGUACGUCAAACAGCCUGACGCAAGCGUGCCUGUGCCACGAGUUCGUUUGGGUGACUUUGCGCGCGUCUCGCUCGAGGCAGGUGCAUCGGCCUUGGUUACACUGGUGCUCGAGCCCAAAUACCAUUCAAUUGUGCCUGAGGGCACGCACUUCUUCAAUCCAACCCUACUCGUUGAGCAAGGCCAAUUUGAGGUAUAUGUUGGAGGUGGGCAACCCGACUACGUGUCGGUGCUAAGUGCUGUCGUCAUGGUUAGCAAUUCGUCCGACGUGAGCACCUGUUAG